CCUGACGACCUCCUUACGUCAGAGGUGCGUUGGAGCAAGUGAGCAGCCGUACUUAGGACGGAAGUUCUCUCGGCGGAAGUGAUCGCUGUGUGAUUUGUGGGUGGGAUGGCAGCGGGCUGCCUCUUUCUAAGUCGGCUUCGAGCACACUUCAGUUCCAUGGCACAGAGCCCACUCAAGGGCGUUCCCACCUCCAGGGGCCUGCACGCAGGGCGCGGGCCCCGAAGGCUCUCCAUCGAAGGCAACAUUGCUGUGGGAAAGUCCACCUUUGUGAAGUUACUCAUGAAAACUUACCCAGAGUGGCACGUAGCUACAGAACCUGUAGCGAGAUGGCAGAAUAUCCAGGCUGCUGGCACCCAAAAAGCCUGCACUGCCCAAAGUCUUGGAAAUUUGCUGGAUAUGAUGUACCGGGAGCCAGCACGAUGGUCCUACACAUUCCAGACAUUUUCCUUUAUGAGCCGCCUAAAAGUACAGCUGGAGCCCUUCCCUGAGGAACUCUUACAGGCCAGGAAGCCAGUACAGAUCUUUGAGAGAUCUGUGUACAGUGACAGGUAUAUCUUUGCAAAGAAUCUUUUUGAAAAUGGUUCCCUCAGUGACAUCGAAUGGCAUAUCUAUCAGGACUGGCAUUCUUUUCUCCUGCGCGAGUUUGCUAGCCGGCUCACAUUACAUGGCUUCAUCUACCUCCAGGCUACUCCCCAGGUUUGUUUGAAGAGACUGUACCAGAGGGCCAGGGAGGAGGAGAAAGGAAUCGAACUGGCCUAUCUAGAGCAGCUGCAUGACCAACACGAGGCCUGGCUUAUUCACAAGACAACUAAGCUCCACUUGGAGGCUUUGAUGAAUAUUCCAGUGCUGGUGUUGGAUGUCAAUGAUGAUUUUUCUGAGGAAGUAACCAAACAAGAAGACCUCAUGAGAGAGGUAAACACCUUUGUAAAGAAUCUGUAACCAAUUCUAUGAUGUUCAGGCUGUUAUCUGGGCUCCCUGACUUUCUGAAGCUAGAAAAAUGUUGUGUCUUCCACCCACCUUUCCAUCCCUAGCCCCUCUCAUCACAGGAGCACUCUGCCAUUCUAGGGCUGGUUUGUUAAUUAUUGUUAGGCUUUGCCAUUGUCUUUUCUAUCUCAAACAUUUUGAAAAUAAAGUUUACUU